AGUUAGGUACUGACGUCAUAUCCAAACGACACUUAGCAUGUCACUGUCGAGCGAGUCAGGAUAGCUUGAAAACUAUUUUAAUGUUACUCGUGAAGGAUAAAACACGAACAUGUCGCCAUUGUCGGUGCUCGAGAGGGUUUAGUUGAACAGUCGGCUCCGUCGUGGUUAUUCGUUGUGUACAACAUUCCGUAGGAGCGAGAAAAUGAGCGGCGCUGAUCGAGGAAGUCGCCCAGCUGGUGGACAAAGCUAGCUGGCUAACCGCUAGCAGGAGUUCUUUGUUUUUGUUUUUCAACGCGGAGUUUUGGCGUUGAAAGAAAAUGAGCUAAAACUGAGAAGGCUUUGCUAAAAAGUGACAGGGAACAUGCCGUCUUUACAGUAAAUCCUUCUUUUGUGUGUAACCUAACCUAAAGAUAAGAUCACGGUGGGCGUCGGUUGUAUCAUUUAUUUAAUUUGACAUCUCCGACACAAAGACAAAAAGGGGUACAAAAUGGGCAACUGCUUGAAAUCACCCACGUCGGACGACAUCUCACUGCUUCAUGAGACGCAGUCGGACAGGGCGAGCUUCGGGGACGGGACGGAUCCAGACCUGGAGCCGCCUCCGCCCUACCAGGAGCAGGCGCACAUGCCCAUGUACCACCCCACGCCCAGCCAGGCCCGUCUGGCAACGCAGCUGACAGAGGACGAGCAGAUUCGCAUCGCUCAGCGCAUCGGACUGAUCCAGCACUUGCCCAAGGGCGUGUACGACGGCGGAAAAGAUGGCUCAGAGAAAAAGAUCCGAGAGUGCGUGAUCUGCAUGCUGGAUUUUGUGUAUGGCGACCCGGUGCGGUUCCUGCCGUGCAUGCACAUCUACCACAUGGACUGCAUAGACGACUGGCUCAUGAGGUCCUUCACCUGCCCGUCCUGCAUGGAACCCGUGGACGCCGCCCUGCUCUCCACCUACGAGACUAACUGACGCCCGCCUCCUCCCUCCUUUGUCAGCUCGCCUCGUGUGCGACAACAGUGAGUGGAGCUUAAAAACGACAACAAGAAAGGUUGGCUGUCGUCUUGCACUAUGAGAAAGAUGAUUUUCAAAUAAGCCCCCACCAAACACACACACGCACACGUCGCGAAGAACGACAAAACUGUAGCACAGAUGUGUGUUUGUGUGACCACUUGUGAGCCGGCCUCAUUGGUCACCUGACUAUUAAAUUAUUCACCCAAAAUCUUAAAAUAUAUCUCCACCCCUUAGCAGCAAUUGCCUAAUGUCUCGGCGCAGUCACGCUUUACUUGAUAUAUUUAUGCAUUCUGAUUGGCUCACGUGUGUGCGUGCGGCGUUUAUGUAUGGAAUUAAAAUAAACACAUUACGUAAAGCGGUGAUAUUUCAUCAAAUAGUGCCCCCCAAUAAGAUGCCCCUCUUCAAAAAAAACAUUCAAGAGUCAACUGUGCAUUUGGACUCUGUUGCUAACCAAAAGAGCAGUACCUACCAAGGUACUUAGUGUCCUUCAGAUGCAUUUGGCCAUUUUGAGUCAAAAAUUAUUUUCAUGUGAUGUGAACACAGCAACUUCAGCAAUAUGGGCUGCAAUAUUGUUGGAAUGUUACCCCCCCCCCCCCUCCCAAAAAAAACAACAUAUGACAACAUGAGGUCAGCCAAUGUAAAGGGCUCAGGUGGAUUGCAAUAUGCUUGCACAUGUUUCAUCCAAUCCACUGGUUUGCACUUUAGAACAAUAUGUCAAAUAAUAAUAAUAUAUUAAUAUAUGUAGACCUUAUUAUAUAACCUUGCACUAUCAACACUUACUUUUUUUCACCCUCAUUAGUGUACGGACAGAAGUUUGCUUUCGUCCACUUAAUCAGCUGUUACAUGAUUGAAUAUCAUGAGAUCAUUUUUGUUUUGGUUGCAGCAGGUUACCGUGGUGGUGGCAUAAUGACAUUUUCUUGUUCUUAAUGAUUUUCUUUUUUGUUGCGUUCAGCAUAUGGUGGAGACAGAGGGACGUUUCACUGCACAAACCUCUGUGCAAACCUAAAUUCUGUGAGUUACAAGAAUAGAGCUUGCAUCACAUUCCCCCCCCCCCCCCCCUUGCGGUGUUUUUAAAACUAGUGUGAGCAUUGUUUCCUGUAACCUUGUUUUUAUUUCUAAUGUUUGUGUUGGUUUGUUGGAACAAGGGCAAACCAGCCCUCGUGUGUAACGGGAAAAAAAAUACAAUAAAUAUGCAAAGACCUUC